CUGAAGCAUUCGACAAUCACAUGGCGCUUCUUCAAUCUCCGUCGCUUUCCUUCCCUCUCGUCCUUCUCUUUUCUCUCCUCAUAACCUCGUCUGACUGCUUCAACCUCAAAUCGCUCAACAUCUCGAAGGUUCAGUCAGCCGGCGACUGGUCGCCGGCUGGUGCGACGUGGUAUGGGAGCCCUGACGGCGCCGGAAGUGACGGUGGUGCAUGUGGGUAUAUGAAUGGUGUCGACCAAGCUCCUUUCUCUUCAAUGGUGUCCGCAGGAGGGCCUUCUCUUUUCAAAUCUGGCAAAGGAUGUGGAGCUUGUUACCAGGUGAAAUGCACCGGAAAUGCCGCUUGUUCUGGAAACCCGGUGACAGUCGUUAUAACAGAUGAGUGCCCCGAUGGUCCUUGCGUCGCCGAAUCUGCUCACUUCGAUAUGAGUGGCACGGCUUUUGGAGCCAUGGCGAGCUCUGGCAAGGCUGAUGAACUACGCAACGCUGGGGUGCUGCAGAUUCAAUACCAAAGAGUAGAGUGCAAUUUCCCAGGCGUGAAGGUGACCUUUCACAUCGACUCCGGCUCAAACCCCAACUAUUUCGCUGCGCUAAUUGAGUACGAGGACGGGGACGGCGAGAUCGGCUCCGUCAACCUGAAGCAGGCUCUCGACUCCGACUCUUGGCUUCCGAUGCAACAGUCGUGGGGUGCGGUUUGGAAGCUGGACGGCGCAGGCCAGCUACGCGCCCCGUUCUCGAUCAAGCUCACCUCCCUCGAGUCCGGCAAGACCCUGGUUGCCAACAACGUGAUUCCGGCCGGGUGGCAGCCCGGGCAGACGUACCGGUCGGUAGUCAACUAUGCCGUGUGAGGGUCGUGUGUGGUUUGCUUGGGAGACAAAGAAACGGAGAUCUAUCGAUAUUAGUUCAACCUUAUGGAUUUGGUUGCGUGCUUUGUGUUAGGCGAAAAUAAGAUGUAGGAUCGCGGGGAGAAAGAAAGUAUUUUGCUUUUCCACUAUGUGUAAUCUAUAGCCGCUGUGAGCUACCUCUUGAAAAAAGAGAGUAGUAGUGAGAAAUGAAUCAUAUGGUCCUUUCAAAAUCAAGAAUGAUGCUAGUAUUUUAGUCGUCUUU